AUGGCGGAAGAAGAGCAAUUGCCAGACCCUCCCAAAGGUCGGCGGGAGAUCGCCAUGAACAAACUCCGCGCUGUCAAGCGCAGGAUAAAGCCGUGGUAUAUAUACGCCCUCAUAGCGACGACGAUAGUUACUCUCGUCGUAGUGCUUUCGGCCGUGCUAGUCACUCGACGGAAUCACCAGUGGUUCAUUGAAAAAGUUCAGCAUGACAAAGCGACCCCGUCCAACCCGGGCAACGCCCGAGUGAAUCUCGGCUACGCACAGUACCAGGGCACGCUCGUCGGCAGCGGGGGCGGCGUGGCGCAGUACCUCGGGAUGCGGUUUGCGGCGCCGCCGACGGGAGACCGCAGGUGGAAGGCGCCCGUCGAACCAGAGGUAGAAGAUUCGGGAGAUCAAGCCGCUGAUUCCUUCGGUCCCAUCUGUCUAGGUCUCGGGUCGUCGUAUCCGAAUAGCGACGAAGACGAGGAUUGUCUGUACGCCAACGUAUGGGCACCGGUCAACGCAACGGUGGACUCCAAGCUACCCGUAUGGCUGUUUAUCCAGGGCGGUGGCUACAACACCAACAGCAACGCGAACUGGAACGGGACCUACCUCCUCGAGCAGUCCAACAACAGCAUCGUGUUCGUGAACUUCAACUACCGCGUCGGGCUCUGGGGUUUCCUAGCCUCGGAGCGGCUCCUAGCCCCUGGCGCCGACGGAGACUUAAACGUCGGCUUGCGGGACCAGAUCGCCAUGCUGCGGUGGACGCGGCAACACAUCGCGCAGUUCGGCGGCGACCCCGACCACGUCGUCAUCACGGGCACAUCCGCCGGCGCCGGCUCCGUCGCCCUGCACCUGGUGAUGGCGUACGGCGCGCACGGGCAGGGCAGCUACGGUAGCUACGGUAGCUAUGGGAACGCCACCAGCGGCGACAACAGCGAUGUCGGGGACAGCGUCGGCACCAACCUCUUCGUCGGCGGCGUCGGGGAGUCCGUUUUCUUCCCGUGGCAGCCUGUCCUCGCCGAUUUAGAAUGGCAGUACGACCUGCUCCUCAACCAAACGGGGUGCGACGCGCUGUCAUGCCUCCGCGGGCUCUCAACAGAGACCCUACAAGCCCUGAACACAGCGUCCCCAUUCCCAGGACGACCAGGCCUGCCCGCGCCUCUGCCGCUGUUCUACUGGACGCCCUGCGUCGACGGCGCGCUGCUGCGCGACCUGCCGUACGUGCUCUUCGACCGGGGCGAGUACGUCCCGGUCCCCGUGAUAAUGGGCACGACGACGAACGAGGGCGCGUCCUUCGCGACGAACGCGUCGACGCCCGACGAGUUCGGCACCUUCAUGCAGGACAACUACCCGCACCUGACCUCCAACCAGACUGCCGACAUCGUCGCCGAGUACCCGCAGGCCCUGCAGGCGCCGCUCCCGGCCCACGCCUCCUGGUUCCCGUCCACGGCCGCCGCGUACGGCGAGGCCACCUUCAUCUGCCCCGCGGACUACAUCCUGGCCUCGUACGCGCGCCCGCCGGUGCCGCCUUUCAACGCCGGCGUCAACGCCAGCCGGAUAUGGGGGUACCGGUACGAUGUCGCGGAUCCGAUGAAUACGGCCGAGGGGCUCGGCGUCCCGCAUAUAUGGGAGUCGUGGGCGGUGUACGGGCCGGACGCUAUUAACGGCGUCGGCGGCGGGCCCGCGAGCUACUACUACCCCGGCAUCGCGGCGGGGGUCGUCAAGCCGGUGCAGGAUUACUGGAUCUCGUUCGUGAAGAAUUUAGAUCCGAACACGGGAAGAGCGGCAGGGGCUCCAGUGUGGGAGGCGUGGGGGACGACUAACGAAACUAAUAGUGCUAAUAAUGCGAAUAAUACUAGUGAUGGAGGCCAAAGGUUGCUCUUCCAGACGGAGGGUUUCUCGAUGGAGCCCGUGGCGUCGGAUUUGCAGGAUCGGUGCGACUUCUGGAGAAAACUUGUUCCUGCGACACAGCAGUAA